AUGGUCGGCGAUCCAGCCAUCGCGCACCUGUGUGAUGUUAUACUCGAAACGCUGCGGAGCUUCGUGAAUGCUGCCAACGACGUAAAGGCUUUCUGCGAUGAAGUGCGGACGCUUCGGAAGUUCCUAGAUCUGAUUGACAGAGUGUUCAAAGCCAAGUUGCCGCGGAUGGCGUUUGAGGAGCAGCAUUUUACCAGCGUAGAGGUCCUACUUGCCAAAUGCCGGACGACACUCUCUCGGCUUUGCGAAAUCCUUGCAGCCUUGCGACCGAAAGUCGGUCAGGCUGAUUCACAGGAUGAACUGAAAGAAGCCCUUAGGAGCAUGCAAAGUUCGGAAGUGCUGGCGCUCAGGGCAAGAAUUGGCUUCUACAUACAAACACUACAAAUGUCACUGCAGACCGUCAAAUUAGUUUAUCAGUGGAAAAGUCAGCUCCCACAAGACGGCAUCUACUUUCAACACAAGGACUUAUCCGAGGCAAUCCAGAGUCUGAAGGACUCAGUAUCGUGCCGAAAGGGUCUUGGUAUGAACAUCACUCAACACAGUCCCGUGGAAGAGGAAACCUUCCUUUACGAUGUUGACAGUUGUAUUUUCUCGGCCGAGGUCAUCAUGAAUGUUACGACCACAACAGUGCACGAGAAUGUCCAAUCACCGUUUAGACAAUUGCCAUGCGAGCUGCCAGGUUCACCAGCUGAAGAAUUGAUUUCAGCUGCAUCGAACCAAGAAAAGCAGAGACAAGAGGAUUUACAGCCACCUGAGGAUCCAAGAUUGCAAAAGAGAAAGCAGCUACUGGAAGCACCAAACGGAAUUCCAAAACCUGCCAUUCAGAGACAAGCAGUUGUGGCUCAUCAAUCCAAGAACACCAAGCCUUCAGUGGAAGCGCCGAUCGUUUUUCACUUGGACGACAUUAACGCCAAGCAUCGUGGUAGCUCGGAUUCUGAUCGCGAUUCCAUCUUCGAUCCAGAGCCUGAAUUUGAAGACAGGUUUCCUCCAGAGGUCUAUUCAGAACUCAUUUUCUCUGUACGACAGGAAGUCAAUAAUCAAAAGCAAGCGGGUGACUACCAACUGGCAGAACAAACGCAUCGCAGAGCAAUGGAGUAUCUGACAGAGAGGGAAAGAAAGUUAGGGAUACCCUAUGACAACCAGACUGAAAUGCACGAAAUCCUAGCGGAUCUUUACAUGAAACAAAAGAAGAUGGACAAGGCGAAGUCGCUCGUAAAUCGUUUAUUGAUGCAAGAGAAAGGCGAGACUGAUAGGAAGUGGAGGCUUUAUCAUUGUUUGGCUGAGAUCUACCAGGAGAAGGGCAGAUUAGUAGAAGCUGAGAAGUUUGCCAAGAGAGCAUACCUGGGCAGGCAGAGAUCGCUGGAUAAGGACGAUAGGCUACUCGUUGAGUCCGUCAAACUACUCGUCCGUGUCUACGAACUGCAGCAUAAGACAGAAACGGCCGAGGCUCUACGAAAAGUCUACCGAGCGGAGAGCGCCGCACCAGAAGUGCCUGAGAAGUCAGAAAGACGUAGUAUGCCAUUGCAACCUCAACUAGACGAAGUACACCGCGUCAAUCAAUCCCCUUUGAGGUGGGCGCCGGACGUUUGGGUCGAUCCGUCGAGCAUCAACGCGCCAACGAAGUCUGGGGAGACGCCGCUUAUAUCUGCGGUUACAACUGGGGAUGAGGAGCUAGUUCAAUUGAUGCUCCAAAGAGGUGCCAACGUCGAAGCAAGAUGCGCCGAUCAGAUAACGCCUCUCAUGCACGCUGUGAAUCAUGGAUACUUGUCCAUUGUGGAGCUAUUCCUUAUGAAAGGUGCCCAAGUCGACGCAACAACAGCCGGGUGGACCAUAUUACACAGAGCAGCGGACAUGUUCAACAUUCCCACGGUGAAGGCGGUUCUAGCGAAGGGUGCUGAUAUCGAAUCGAGAAGUCCUAAGGAGUUCUCGCCCAAGAAGCAUCCACUAGCUCGACUAGGCAGUGAUGUAGACGACUACGAUGAAGUCGAUGCCUCUGAUGCUGACAUGGGCUGGACUGCUCUCUUACGGUCGGCUACUAAGGGCCAAGAAGCAAUGGUGCGCUUGCUCAUUGAAAAGGGGGCGGAUAUUGAAGCUAGGAGUCCUAACAACGGUACGCCCCUGAUCUGCGCUGCCGAGGGUAAUCAUGAGGCUAUUGUUGAAUUUCUGCUGAAGAGCGGCGCAAAUGUCGACACUGGAGACGAAUUCGGAUGGAAAGCCUUGCAUCGGGUUAUGGCAAAUCGGGUUGGUGAGGGCGUCGCGCAGAUGCUGCUUACUCACGGCGCCGACAUCAACGCCAGAUGUCGCUACCAAAAGACGCCUCUACACCAUGCGAUCGAAAAGGGGAACACUUCGAUGGUCUCAUUCUUGCUAGCCGCCGGUGCAGAUUUCGAAGCAAGAGAUAUCGCGGAGAGGACGCCACUGCACGCGGCCAUAGAGUCCAGACUUGAGAACAUGGUCCACAUACUGCUGGAAGCUGGGGCGGAUGCUGACGCCAAAGACAAGUGUGGGCAUGAUGCACUAGGUGCAGCCAAUCAUGCAUUAAGGAAGUCUCCUGAAAUCACCAGUCUGUUGGCGAAGCACAAAAAGGCCAUGCGCAGCAGUGGUGCCAGUAGACAGCCUUCUGCCAGCGGCUCAUUACCCUCGAGGACUUCGUCUUCUUCAACUUGGUGGUCCAUGCGUUCUAAGCAGAAGAAACAUCGGUGA